AACAAAUCUAUUUAACAGUAUGUUAGAUAAUAGAUCCUUAUUUCAGGAUGCGAAAAGAAGAUAUCUUGAAAAAAUCUGCAGUCCAAACUGAGGUGAAAGAUGAAUUAACUGAUCGUAAAGAAAUUGUGCCUGUCAAUGAUACGACGCCUUAUUUAAAUGAUAAUGUCUCCGAUAGUUUUGCAGUCAAAAAUGAGGCGACAGAUUUACCAACUAAUCGUGAAGUAAUUGUGCCUGUCAAUAAUGAGACGCCGCAUUCAAACGACAUUUUCUCCCAAACUAAUGCAGUCAAAAUUGAGGAGACAUAUGUACUAACUAAACGUGAGGAAAUUGAGUCUGUCAAUAAUGAGCCGGAUGGUAGCGAUUUUGAAGGUUUCAUAGACAAUAAUGAGAAGAAAGAUGUAGCAACGAAUCGUGAUAAAAUGGAGCAUUCUAAUAAGGAGACGAAUGAUAGUGAUUGCAAUCUAAUAGAAAAUAAUAAAGAAAAUGAUGAAUCAACAAAUCGAUUUGAGCCAGUCGAUGCAAGAAUCAAGGUAUAUUGCUGUAACUUUAAUUUUGUAGUAGUAUUUCUAGUCUUACAAUAG